AGCGCCGACUUCUUUGUUCGCUUGUUUCGGUUUUUAGGGUUCCCGUGGCGCUUUGUGUUCGCUGGUGGGACCGGGAUGAGGCGGAGAAUGAUGUCAUUGACUCACUCCGAACUGAACACGGAGGCGCCUGUGCGGACGAGUCUCUCCCGGGGUCUGUAGCGCGGGGCUGGGGCAGGAGGAGGAGUCUGUGAGCUCCAGGAAUAUGUCCCACCCUGAUACAAUGAAAUCCUGCGAUUGAGCCUGAGCAUUCGUUUUAUCUGCCGAGUGGAUUGGCGGGUGUCGGACUAUACUGAAAUGAUGCAAGGGGGCUCUACCUGUGUAUAUGAUAUCUAGGAGAGGUUAGAAUAUCAUUGAGGGUAGAAAACAUAAGACGGGCAGAAACACGUGGGGUUUCAAGGGCCGCUGUACAACUCGGUUUAACCCCUUAACUCCCAGAGACAUUUCCUGCUCUUCUGGAGGAAGAAGAUAAAGACGGACUGCCCUGAUUGGAGUGGAGGUCUGAUGGAAUGUUCUCCAGAGAUGGAAACAAGGAGGUUAGAGGGGAAAUGGGAGAAUGAAGAUUCAGACACUGAGGAUCCUCUGCCCAUAACAACGAUUGAAAUGGAUUACGUUUCCGGGGACGAUCUCCCAGAGGAUGAACCGGAAAUAUUACAGAUAAAGAUAAAAGAAGAAAUGGAACCUGAAGAUUUUAUGAACUCAACUGGAAACUCAGUCAUUCCACUUGCUGAUAGGGUCAGGAAACCUUCAGUCACUCCCAGGGCAGGAAGAAAAAAAAAACCGCCACAACAUCUACCUCUGCUGGACAAAAGCUGCAGCCCUUCCCAUGGCUUUCCGGGAAUGUUCCCAAAUAUCCCAGUCCCCCCACUGGCCUGCAAGACUACACCCGACGUUCCUUGCUCUCCCUGCACGCCUGCGGACAGUUUCCAGUAUUUACCCACACAACCACUUCUAGAAUACAAUAUAAACCACCCGUGCAGCCUGCACUCUCCUGUCCAGUUCCCGCACUCGUUCUUCAGCAUGACAGACCCUUCUGCAGGAAUUCCCCCCGACACCAAACGCAAGCGCGUGUCACUGAGUAUAAAGGACAAAGUGACUUUGCUCCAGGACCUAGAGAAUGGCGCCUCAGUGAAGUCUCUGUGUGACAAAUACGGGACUGGUACGUCCACCAUCUACGACCUGAAGAAGCAAAAAGACAAACUGCUGACGUUCUACAGUAACAGCGAUGCCCCCGAUUUAAUGGCCGAUAGGAAAACCCUUCACCAAGCAAAGAACGUUUCUGUGGACAAGGUGCUCAUGGAAUGGAUCCGGCAGAGUCGCAGGGAUAACUUCCCCCUUUCUCGAUCCCUUAUCAUGGCCCAGGCUAAAAAAUUCCACGUCUUGUUGAACAUCUCGACGCCUUGUGAGUAUUCAUCAGGCUGGUACGGCAAAUUCAAGAAAAGGAACGGGCUCGGAAUCUUGUCUAUAAACGGAGAGAAAACCACGGAGGAAUAUAAUGUAGCCGACACUUUUGUAAAGAAGCUGAAUAAACUGGUGAGCGACGAGCACCUAUCGGCGGAGCAGGUGUACAACGCAGCAAAAACCUCCAUAUUUUGGCGGCAUCUGCCACAGAAGUUGGUUGAAACAGCUCAUGUGCCGGCACCAAGCGGGUUGGACGAGCCAAAAGAAAGACUUACUGUGCUCGCUUGUUCUAACGCAGCGGGGACGCACAAAACACGGCUGCUAAUCAUCGGCAAGAGCAGAAACCCACGUGCGUUUAAAGGGGUGCGUGUUUUUCCUGUUACGUAUACGGCCAAUAAGCAGGCAGGGAUUUCCAGAGAAAUCUUUCAGGACUGGUUUGAAAACCAUUUUGUCCCUGAGGCGAGGGCUCACUGCAUGUCCGUGGGACUUAGUUGCGAUGCCAAGAUCAUGUUAAUUUUAGAUCAUUGUCCCACAAACCCCAAACCAGAAUUCCUGGUGAAAGAUAAUGUGUUUGCUGUGUGUUUGCCCCCGGACUGUACGUCCUUCAUCCAGCCCCUGGACCAGGGUAUUCUACGCUUAUUCAAGUCACAUUAUAAGAGCGAAUUCCUGCAGCGAAUGCUGACGGCGUGCAGUAAGGGCAAGAACGCAGCUCAGUUCCAGGCCAACGUCAAUAUCAAGGAUGCCAUCUGGACUGCUGCCUUGGCGUGGGAUAAAGUCGAUAAACAAGCGUUGAUUCAUGGCUGGCGAAACCUGUGCCCUUCUACAUUUGUCUGGGAUAAUCCUGGGGAGGAAUAUGAUUUUCUGGGUUUUACUGAACUGCGAGAAUCCCAGCUUGUCUUGGAACUGAUGAACUACGCCAGAAGCCUGUCAUGCCCUGAGGCCCAGUUAAUAGACGAGGAGACGAUGGAAGAGAGUUUUAACGCUGAUACUGAUGCGCCAGUCGCUCUGCAGUUGCCGGACGGGGAAAUAAAUGAAAAUUCCGAUGACGAGAGCGACAGCGAUGAGCCGGAAGUAAAAGAAAAAAUGUCCAUUGACAGAAUGAUCAGCCUCGCUGAAGAACUUAUUGGUGGCAUGGAGCAGAGGAGCUUCAUAUCCGAACAGCAAAUAAUGUCAGUCUAUAGAAUCAAAGAGCAACUCCUGCAGGAAAAGUUAUAUGAAACGGCAUGGACACAAAUAUUUCCUAAUGGCACCUCUUGCCCUGACCCUGAGCCUUCAGGUGAUGAGAACUGCUGAAUUGAGCUGCUGUAUCAAGUGUUUAUCCAUUCUCUGCCAUGCACAAUAUUCAGCACAGUUAUUAAUUACAGACUUGUUAAUUACA